AUGCCAUACCCAGACCGCAAAUACAUCUACGAUGUUUUCCGCAACUUUUGCAAUCCUCCUGAGGGAACCGAGAAGUUUUUCGAUUAUGUCGACGACAACGUGCACUGGCAGGUGACCGGCCAGCACCGCUUCUCCGGCACCUGGACGACCAAAAAUAACUACUACAAUGCGACCUGGGCCAACAUCAACCUUCUACUGGCCGAGCCGGGCUACAAACUCGAAGUUCCCGGUGGCGAGUCUGGCGUCAUUGUUGGCCAGGAUGGCUGGUCCGUCAUCGAAAUGAAGACUGUCGACACCAAGACCAAGAGCGGCGUCCCCUACAACCAGCACUAUUCAUGGCACUGUCGCUGGAACGAGGGAGGGAAAAUUGUUGAGGCCAAGGCGUUUUUGGAUGCUGAUCUCUUGGAGAAAGUGUUUGGUGGUGAGCAGCUCAAGUUGGGGCUUGCGACUGCUUAG